AUGGCGCAGCCUCAGCCUCAGCAGCCUCUACCUCAGAGGCAGUACUCUCCAGCUCAGGCAUCGCCGUCGCCUGUUCCCCCCCAAUCGGCCUAUCAGUCUCCUGUCAACGCCUUGCCCCCCAACAAGCGGCCUCGUCUUUCUCCCGGUCCUCCGUCUCAGCCGGCAUCACCAACUCCAUACAUACAGUCAUAUGCCAGUCCUGGCGCUCCCUCUACCCCCGGCGUCACGACACCGGCAGCUACGCCAGUCUACCCGGCUACUCAGCAAGCUCCUCAGAUACCCGCUCAGAGCAGCUACACAACCCCAUACCCGAACGGCAACAGCAGCAGCAACGGCAGUACUACUCCGACGAUCGCCCUACCUGAAUCGCGACCGACACCUCCACCCACCGGACCACCCGUGCCAUACACUAAUAUCACAUUCACGCCACCUAUGUCUGCUGCCGCGACGCCGCCCCCGAACCACCAGUAUCCCCAACAAACGCCGCCACCUCAGCAGCAGCAGCAGCAGCAACCACAGCAAAUGCAGCCGCAGUUGCAGCAGCAGCAACCACAUCCGCAGCAGCAGCAGCAUCAACAGCAUCUUUAUUCACAGCAACCGCCGCAGUAUGCGCAGCAGCACCCGCACCAGCACCAGCAGUACCAUGCGCAACAGCACCAGCAGCGCAUGCAACAGGUCCCGCAGCAGCAUCAGCAACACCUGCAGCACCAACAGCCACCUCAAGGUGCCAUGGGUCCUCCGUCGAGGCCUGCCGACCGGCCCCAGAAAGAAUACGAGGCAGGCUUCUCUAUUCAGAACCCUGGGAACAAGGCGUCUUUCUAUGGCGCUGGCUCUGCGAAUCAGGCAGCCCAGCCCAAUGGCGGCAAGUCCCAGGACCAAGUGAUCGCUGAAGCGGCGGAAAAGGCUUGGCAGGCAAGCGCGAAAGCCCUUUCUGCGGAGCGGGUAGUGGAAUUGAACAGUGCAUUCCUCGUUGUCCCUAACGUGCAGGGGCGGGCAGAGUCGAUUGCGAAGGAGCAUGGGCUUACUCUCAACUGGGACAUGAAGGCCUCCCAGCCGAUGGGUAAGAUCAAGGUUAUGGAUGAGCACCCCAAACCAGUCAAGGUCAGCACAAAGGUCGGGCCUGAUGGCGCCGUCAUCAAGACAUCUGGCACUUGGAUCCCUCACGACGCCUAUCUAGCGGAUCAGCUCGCUCUCCUUUCGAUAGCUUCGAAGCAGAGGCUGAGGUCUUUGAUUGAAGACGCGCACCGCAUUGCCGUCACACGACAGCAAAGUUCCCACGGCGAGGUGCCUGACGAGUGGAAAGAGGCGGCAGGGCCCCUCAACACGACUCCUGCUGAGUCCAACGGCGAAUCCAAUGACGUUGGGGGCAAGGCUGACUCCAGCACCCACCCCCUAAAACGCUCUCUCAGCGGUGCCGACUCGGCCAAUGGCACCCGUCCGGCUAAGCUCCGCAAAGCCCAGCCCGCGAACACAACUACUGUCAGUGCGUUAAUGAGAGACAUCGGCAAGGCAGAGCGAGAGUGGGAGGAGUCGAGGCUGCGGAGACGAAACGCCCGCAAAGAGGGGAUCACAGACACUGGUGCAGGUGCAAACCGUGCGGGCUCUGCGGCGCCUGGCACCCCUGGCGUAUCAGCGCCCGAUGGCGAGAAAGCCAUGACGAAGAAGGAGCAGAAAAAGUUGGAGGCUGCGAAGAAGGCCGAGGCGAGCAGCCACGCCAACCAAAACACUACCAGUCGCGAGUUUCUAGGCCUGACGAACACUUCGGGUCUCUUCGGCAAGAAAAAGGGGGGCAAGUCUUACUCAUGGAUGACAGGUGGAGGCAGCGGUGCGAGCACGCCGAAGGCUGGCGCUGGAGGAAAGCCAGGCGCCCCUACAGCUCCGGGCACCCCAGUUGUGCCACCACCAAGCGCCUUGACAACAGAUGGCAGUGCGCAUCGCAGACCAGGCGCGUGGCGUGAGGAUAAAGAUAAGGGAAAGAACAUCCAGCUCCGCGACUGGGUCUCUGCGCUAGAAGGCGACGGCGUUGAGAUCAGGGCCAUGCAGCGAGCGUAUGCUCAACUCGACACCUCUGGCCCCAAGCAGUAG